CAUGGUUCGCACUUUAUGUGCCGCCCUGUUUGGCUGGAAACCAAUUUGCUCGAGGGAAAGAGGGCGAAGCGGCGGCGGAGGAUGUCGGGCGAAGAAGAAGAUGACUUCGAUGAGGGAGUGGUGGUGGGGCAACUGUCUACGGUCAUGGUGCCAAAGCAUAUCAAGAAGAGGGCUCUCAGAAACAAAGCUCUCACCGUCGGUUUCAACGACAAAGAACUCAGGGACUUUGUUACUGGGUUCCAUAAAAGAAAGAAGAAAAGGAGAAAAGAAGCUCAGAGGCAGUUGCAAGAAAAGGAUAGAUUGAAGCGGAUUGAGGCUCGUAAGAAGGUUUCUGCAUUUCUGGUUCCUUUUCAUGACUAGGAGAGGCAUCUUCUUUCACCUUCUUUGUUUGUAGGUCCCCAUGAUCUCGUAGGGAAGCAUCUGACUCAUCUACAUGAGGACUAUCCUCAUCUUCAUCACUAGAAGAAUCAGAAUCCCUGAAUUUAAUUAUUUUAUUCAAUGGUUUACUAGGAACAGCACCACAUUUAACAACUGACUUUUUCCCAUGCACUAGCUCUUCAUAGUACUGCACAUCAAACGAACCAGAGAUACCA